AUGGACUUUGAUCGUUUACAGCAUAUUCUGAAGGAUACGCCGUCUUCAUCAUCUCAAUUGCUACAUGAUUUACCUUCCAACAAACUAAUCAGUGAAUUAGAUUCUACAGAUCACAGUGAUGAACAGAAAUCAGCGUCAUCUCAACACGGAAAACACAGUAACGAUACCAAUCCGUUGACACCACCAUUAUCAACGCCCGAGAAGAUUGAAGGUCUGAAUCCAAGGAACACUUCUACACCAUCUUACCAAACAGGAUCUGCCAUAUGCAAAAUCGAAGAAAUUUGCGAGGCCAUGACCGAUUGUAUUAUCGGAAGAAGGAAACAAUUUUCCAUCCAUUUAAAAUCUCGAAGUCUGGGCACAAAAAAUGUAAUUCCAGGGAGCAAAGAGGUUUUUGGUUCAAGGGUUGUGCAGUUUCCCAGUUCCUCGCCUCGAGAGGCGUGGAAAUUUGUUGCGUUGCUACGGAUUCUGGAGCUCUCUCAUGAGGCGCUUGUCACUGGAAAUAUCAUCAGCAAGAGGGACAUGUAUUAUCGAGACCCGGAGCUUUUUACGAAACAAGCAAUUGUCGAUCGUUUCUUAGAUGACAUCGCGUGUACUCUUGGACUGAAGCGCGACGCUCUGAAUGUGAUGGCCGCUGCCAAAGGAUUAGUUACAGGCUGGUUUAUUAUGAGGAGAAAGAAUCAGUCCAUAAUGGAUUAUUCAUCAGCAGCAGAUUCACAACUAGUACCAUGGGUAAACGAAAUAGAAGAGAUGGACCUCUCGCAGGUUAAAUGGAUACUGGUAAUUGAGAAAGAGGCGACCUUUCGCACAUUAGCAGAAAAGCGAUAUUGGGAAUAUUGCAAUGCGGGGAGAGGGAUAUUACUUACAGCAAAAGGUUAUCCUGAUAUACAAAGUCGACAGUUUCUCCACUAUUUGGCGAAGCAUUAUCCAAUAAUACCGAUAUAUGCUUUGGUGGACUUUGAUCCUGACGGUCUAGGCAUUAUGUCCACAUACAAACAUGGCUCUGUCGCACUCGCACAUGAAAACGAAAAUCUAUCCGUCCCCUCGAUGCGUUGGCUAGGACUUAAAAGUAAGGACAUGAUGCAAGGAGGAAAAGAGAACGAGGGCUUACUGAAGUUAUCGGAACGCGACAGACGACUCGCAGUGAAAAUGCUGCAAAGAGAUGUUUGUCAACCGGGCGGAGAUGAAGACGAAUGGAGAAGAGAGAUUCAAGUCAUGUUGAUGCUAAAUAAGAAGGCGGAAAUCCAAAUUAUUGGAAACGGCAAUGCAUUAGAGAAUUGGCUGAAUGAAAGUUUGGGAAAAGAAAAAAUAAAUUGA